AUGGCUUUAAUAUCGGAGUCCUAUAAGUAUUAUUAUUACAGGAGUCCUAUCCAGACAUUAAUACUGUCCUUGCCCUAGAUAUGGGUGUAGAAAUGUCUACCUCCAUGCCCUUGAAAACCAGAGCCUGCCCAUUCUCAAUUCCUUUACAUCCAACAAAGAAUAUAAAUCCAACCAUUUUUGUCUCCCCAAUUGAUGCCACUCAAUAUGAGGAACUUAGCUCCUAAAAUAAACAACAUUCUUUGUAUGAGGCUGUUUUCCCAAAAGAAAGGGACUUCCCCUCUUAUUGUAACAUAACUCCAAAGGCUUGGUUGGUUGAAAAAAAAAAAAAAAAAAAAAAAAAAUUCAAGACUGGUGUCAAUGAAAAAAGAAAUCAAGCGUUCACGAUUUCAUGAAAAGACAUUAUUCAUAACGACACGACUGGUUUACUAACCGCCACUGCCAAGUACACACAGUCGCAAGGUCAACACUACCUUUCAAUACAUUCAUCCAAACUUUCAUUUCACUGUGAGUUUUUGUUUGUGCAGGCUUCCCUGACUGGACAUUUUGCUGGAUUGAAAGAUCUGUUUGACUUUCCUGUUUGACUUUCCUGCAAACUGCACAUUAGCAUAUUUGAUAUCUUGGAAUGAACAAACAUGCAUGAAUGCUACAUGUACAUUCAGGUCGGAACAACAUGCUCCUGUUUCUUCUGUGUUCUUAUCGACGCUAAACGAGCCAGACUCGACUCAUUGUGACCAAAGAUUUUCCAGAAUGUUUGAAACUCCUCUUGGUGAUCAACUAUUUUGGAAUAUUUUUUAGGAGAGUCCCUUCUGUGUAGAAUAAGUACUAUUUGAUGCUACACAAACCAGACUCGACUUUUUGUGACUAAUUAUUUUGUGUGAAUGUUUGAAACUCGUCUUUGCCAUCCAGCCCUGUGUGUGGUAAUAGUGAUCAACAGUUUUCGCAAAUAUUUUUACGAGAGAUUCACAAUGAAUAACGCGCUACAGCUAGAGCUUCCACAAAGAAGACGGUCAUCUAGCUGGAAUCCACCCCCCAAUCUAGAGUGGAAUGAGACCACAUCCUCAUUGCAGCAUCUUAGGAACAGCCUCCUUAAAGAUGAUGGGUUCAAAGCAAGCUGCCUCCAGUCAGAGAUGCAAACUAAACCCAAAGUCUUUAAGGCUAUGAAGUCUCCACGACAGCGUGACGCUGUUUACACUUGGGACGUGGCCCCAAAGCCAAAAGUUCAACCGAAGCCACAACGACGACGAGUAAUAUCAUCAACUGACGGUCAGAACAACAACUCUAACGACACCGAAGCUCCAACUGGCCAAUCCAAAUACAUUCUGCCAGGGCAUCUUGACAACGCUAAACCAAAACCAGAAUCUGUAAUAUCAUCGACUGACUGUCAGAACAACAAUUCUGACGACACCGCAACUCCAACCGGCCAAUCAGAGAAAAAACUGCCAUGGCAUCUUGAUAACGCAUUACCAGACCCUGAAUCUGUGUAUAUGAAAAUGCAGCCUAUCAAACCGCUACCAGCUUUACCCAAAAAGGAAAAACAAAAUGGACUACCGGACAGCCAAACCGAUGAUCUGCAAAAACGAUUAAGUGGUCACUUAAUUUGUAAGGUCUGUAACAAGCAGUACAACCAGCCUAAGAUGCUUAGGUGCUCUCACAGUUUUUGUUUCCACUGCCUGUCAGAAACAAUUCAGCAUCCAACCCCCCUAAAGGGAACCAUACCCUGUCCUACUUGUGCGAAGGACACACCCAUUCCCGUAAACGGGUUAAAUGGCCUCCCAGACAACACCCUGCUACAAGCUCUAAUCGCUGACGUUUCCAAGCAUGAGUCGAGUCAUGUAGGUCAAAGGUCAGAUGAUCCGGUCUUUCUUCAAGAGCCCAUGAAAAGCAGUUAUGAUAGUAAGAUGCUCAGAGUUCACAAUCGCUCGGUGAAAACUUACGAAGUGAUGUCGCUAAAGAAAGACAAACCCUUGGAACCGUUUCUUACGGAUUACUCCGCAGGGAACUCAAAACAAUGUGUGCAACAUCCAAAUAACGAACUCACCCACUUUUGUAGACCCUGCAAAAAGCUCAUCUGCUCAGAAUGUUUGAAAGUCGAUCACAACGCGACGAAGCAUCAUUAUGUCGAUGCUGCUUUGGCGGAGGUAGAAUGGAAGAAUGUAAUGAAGAUGCUCCUUGAGAUGAUUAAGAAGCAGAAAGUAGAGUUCGUACAAUCAGUGAGUACAUUGGAGGAUGCAUACUGCCGCCUCCACAGCAUGACUCAUAACACUAAAAAGAAGAUUAUUGAGCAACAGAAGUAUCAAAUCCAGAAAAUCAAAGAAAGGUCGGCAGCACUUCUUGAAGAGGUGACCCAACUCAGCAACGACCGAGCAGAAAAAAUAGAGGAGCAACAUCGAAAACACUGUGAAGGAGCCGAGAUGGCAAGCUCCAAUCAGAACAUCCUGGAGCAUGCUAUAAACAAAGCCAGCCAACUGGAAGUCCUCGUAGCCAGGGACAAUGUCGCCGCUCAAUGCAACAAAUUGCUCAAGGAAGUCAUCGAUCAGCCAAUGCACAAGCUAUCCUUCCUUGACUUUGCAGAGGCGCAGGAAGGCUCUAAAAUCACAAUGGGGCAUGUUCUGCAGACUGAAAACUGGGAACUACAAGAAGAACUUGUUGAGAGCACUGAGGAAGCAUUCCAACUGGCGGGCUACCUUGCCAUGUACUCCAAUGGGGAUUUAGCUUUAACUGACAUGUUAAAAUGGCAACUUACAGUGAUCUCGCAAGACACUAAAAGAUGCAAGAGAAUUGAGAAAUCAGACAAGGCAUUGCUCAAUCCAUUCGCCGUAGCAAUCAACAAAGAUGACCAACUCUUGGUAAUUGAUCAAAACAUGGUGAAAGUGUUUGACAAUGAGAUUAAUUACUUGUUUGACGUUCAAAUCCCUUUCCUACAGACGCAAGAUGAUGGGCAUUCUGCCCCCAGCAUAAUAACGUGCCUGGCCGUGGACAAGCAGAACAGAAUUGCAGUUGGAAACAUCGGUAAGAAAGCAGUGUCUCUCCAUCACCCGGACGGUAAGCUCCUGAGGGUGCUACCUGCCGAUUUGAUCGACAUGCAAAUGACAAUGGCCAACGGGGAACGGAUCAUCUACAGCAAUUACCAAAAGAGGACACUCGUCUCGAUGGACUAUAAAGGCAACAUUGUGUUCUGUGUGAGUACUGCCGAUAAGAGUCCGACGGGUGUAUGUUGCGACGCUAUCGGAUUUAUCUACGUCGCGGUGCAUUCUAUGUUCAAGGGACUGUGUGAGAUACAUCAUUACAACCGGACUGGGGAACUCUUGGGGUGUAUGGUGGAGGGAUUGUAUAACCCACUUGGGAUUAUCUUCACCCCGAGGGAUAACCUCGCUGUGGCUGAUAAAGACUCAGUUAAGAUCUACCGGAGAGUAUAAAGACUGAAAUAUUAUUACAAGUUGACGUGUUUUUUUUUCAAACCUCCACACAAACAAAUGAUUUGAUUGAAUCAUAUAUUUUUGAGCAAGCAGAUAAUUUUGUCGCUUGUGUCGUAGCUUGAAGUUACCACGGCCCAAAAAAAAGAGAGAACAAAAAUGUUUAAAAAAAAAUAUCACAAUUGAAAUUUUUCAAAGUGCUGUUUUGAAGUCUGCUUACUAUAUCUUAAAUAUUUUGUAAAGGGGGUGGGGGGGGGGAAUUACGAGCCAUUUUAUUCAUGCAGAACUGAGUUUUCAUUCCUACAACUAUUUUCAUAGGAAUAAAAUUCCUAAACACUAAAGUCAUUUAAAAAACGGGUUUGGGUACAAAUCAAUGCAUAUUGAGACCUAUUGCGAUAUGUCACUUCGUGAAAAUAUUACGCUUCCAGAAAGGUCACUAUGUGAAAAUACAAACGUCACUCAAGCGACUGAUGUGUGAGCACUGUAUUGCUUUGUGUAUCAAGGUUUAUCACUUCUACAAACUUUUGUUUAUAAAAAAUGGCAACAAUAAAGUUAUACUUCGUUUAUGCUCUUUAGUGUAAUUAAAAAACCAUUUCAUAUACAUGUAAGGUACUGAAUUUUACACAGAUGAGUUUAUUUCAAAAACUAUAUUUUUGACAUAAAGGUCACCUUGUAUUUUAAACGAUUCAGUGAUAAUACAUCAAUUGUUUCCUCAAGUCUAUUUCUGUUGACAGCUCAGUUAUAACUUAUUUCAUGUGAACUUAGAGCAACCACUUUUUUACAAUGUAGGCUCCAGGAAGAGCCCUGGUAUUCCCUCUCCAUUAAAUUCUCUCUCGAUGUUUUGAUCAGAGGCAACAAUUUAGUAAAGCUGCUUUCCAGUAGAGAAGUUUGCGUAAUCACUCUUUAAAUUAAUUGCAAUAAAAACUCUUAGUCAACACCAUACAAGAACUUUCAAAAGUUUAAAGCAUUUUGAGAAACACGUCACUUUGAAGCAAUGUGAUCACUGGUAUCCAGACGUGCAUACUUGUAAAACCAAAACCAACUGAGAGUUGAAUUGAUGGUCACAAUUAAAUAAAAGUAGAACAUUCCA